AUGAUUCUCUUCAAGCGCCCUCCCGAUGAGAAGGGAUCCGUUUGGUUCUCGGUUCUGAUCGGCGUCUUCGUGGCCUUUGGUGGUCUUCUUUUUGGCUAUGACACCGGCACCAUCAGCGGCGUCAUUGCCAUGAAAUACUGGAACGAGCGUUUCUCCACGGGCUACAUCGAUGCUGAUGGGAAGCCGGCCAUUAGCCCGUCGCAAUCUUCCCUUAUUGUCUCUAUCCUUUCGGCUGGCACCUUUUUCGGUGCUUUGGCUUCUCCCUUGCUGGCGGAUAAGAUUGGUCGGCGAUGGGGUAUCAUCAUAUCCUCUUGGGUAUUCAACUUUGGCGUAUCCAUGCAAGUAAUUUCUGUCGCCAUUCCUCUGUUUGUGGCCGGGAGAUUCUUUGCCGGCCUUGGAGUUGGCUUGCUUUCGGCUCUUGUCCCGCUCUAUCAAUCCGAGACCGCUCCCAAAUGGAUCCGUGGAAUGAUCGUGGGCGUAUAUCAACUUGCAAUCACCAUCGGCGUCCUUUUCGCCGCCAUUGUCAAUAAUGGCACUCAUAAACGGGAGGACACCGGCUCGUACAGAAUUCCCAUUGCUCUCCAGUGGCUCUUCUCGCUCACUCUCAUCAUCGGCAUGCACUUCCUUCCCGAGACUCCCAGGUAUUGCAUCAAGCGAGGUGAUAUGACCCGUGCCACCCGGGCCCUGGCCAGAAUCCGCUGCCUGUCGCCCAAUGAUCCCGCCAUCCUUGCGGAGAUGGAAGAGAUCCGUGCAAACUACCAAUAUGAAUUGUCACUCGGUAACAGCAGCUACCUGGACUGCUUCCGCACGGGCAUGUUGAAGAGGAUGCUCACAGGCAUGGUACUUCAAAUCCUGCAGCAACUUACCGGCGUCAACUUCAUUUUCUACUACGGUACUCAAUUCUUCGAGAACUCCGGCAUCUCGAGUUCCUUCUUGAUUAGUAUGAUCCUAGCCACAGUCAACGUUCUCUCGACGGUCCCCGCUGUCUUCAUGUUCGACAAGUUUGGUCGCCGCCCUUUACUCUUGUGGGGUGGUGUAGCCAUGCACAUAUGCCACUUUAUCGUCGCUACACUCGGUACAUCGACAACGAGUCAGACUGCCUCCGGGGUAAUUAUCGUGCUCAACGUUGCUGCUCAAAAAGCAUCAAUUACUUUUGUGUGCUUGUUCAUUGCCUUCUUCGCCGCAACAUGGGGUCCCUUGGCGUGGGUGGUAACUGCUGAGUUGUACCCACUGAAGCACCGGUCGCAAAUGUUGAGCAUUAGCACAGCUACAAACAAACAUGUUCCUUCAUUUUCAACUCCGGAUUCUGUCUACUGCCAUGACAUUCUGGAGUGGUUAGUAAACUGGGCCAUCGCCUACUCGACUCCUUACCUCGUCAACUAUGGUCCCGGGUACGCAAACCUCCAGUCAAAGAUCUUCUUCGUCUGGGGUACAGCCUGCAUGCUCUGCGUCGGCUUUGUCUACUUUUACAUCUAUGAGACAAAGGGUCUAUCUCUAGAGGAGAUCGACGAAAUGUACCAGACGCCAGGUCUCAAGGCUAAGGACAGCAGCAAGUGGCGGCCGAGCGUCCAUUUCCGAGAAACCCUGCUCACGGAGAUCACAUACCACAAGGCUACUGGUGGAAGUCCUGCUCAGGCCGAGGCUGCUCCAGUAGCUGAGACCGCGGAGAGAGCUGAGCGUGAGGCUGUUCCUACCCUUCCUAAUCCUACUACAGCUCCCAUGAUUGGGCCUCCUCCUCCUGAAAGUGACGAUGUCCUGAAGGCGCUACAAGACGCCGUCCUUCGUCCUGCAGGAGCUUUCACCCACCCUGCUACGCUGAACCCGGCCUGGAAUUCCCAUUCUCCCUUGUCCGCACAAACUGCGCUGUCGAAUCUUCCGUCCUCCUCUCUUGCUUCCAACAAGUCUGCCCCGUCCCUGGGCACGACUCCCAACGAAGUAGGAACUAGUCCAUCCCACCCAGCGCGAAGAAGCUUCGGGCGUUGA